GCAAGUGCCGCAUCCCUUGGCCGUGCAUGGCUUUCGGUGUGCUUCGUCGCGCGCCAUGUUGCCUAUUUCCAGGUGCGCAAGAGAGGGAUUUCGCUGGAAGCAGCGAUGGUCUCGAAUUCAUGACAAAAGCUCGUGGCAGACAUUAAGGUGCGGAACCGUCGGCCGGCAUUGCGCAGCCGCUGCCGUCUGCACUUCAGCGAAUGCCCAAAGUUCGCUUGGCACCAUUAUAAAAUGGCCAAAGAGGGAGAUUCGAGGCUUGUUACAACAGCUCAAAUCUUCCGAGCCAAUUUUGGAGAAAUAUUUAGAGUAUGCCGGCGACCCUUGGAUGACGGACUACGCGGAACUCAGACCGCUCAUGGAGGUUCAAUUCGACGAGAUUUCCCACGAGUCGGUGGAUAGACUUGAAGCGUGGCGGGAGAGCGGACAGCUAGCACAAGUGAAGUACACCGUCCAGCAGCUGAAGCGCGGGCGGUUUUUUGCCUUGGUGACCUGCGACGUGCACCAAUGUGGUUUCGUUGCCGGGGCAGGGCUCGCAGUCGGCAGCGAAGAUGCAAAGCAAUUGGCUGCCCAGCAAGCUCUGGAUCGCUUGUUUUUCCCAGAGAGACCGGUGGAGGAAAUCCGACGCUGCGCAAACGCAAUGCGAAACAACGAAGCCCAUUCCGGAGCGCGCUUGCCGGCGAUCCAAGCAGCGGAGACGCUGGUCUCGUUGGAGGGCAAGCUGGAGGAUGUCUUUAUCAGUGCCUUCCAGCCUUGCGGCAAGGCUUGGCAAGCUGCAAUCGCUUGCAAAUGUUUUGAGACCCAUGUCGUGGGUCCGGCCGCUGACUACGACCGUGAUGUUGCCGUCGCUCUCGCAGCGGAAACGUUCAUGAGCCGCUUGCGCUGGUACAUUCGCGUCCCGGCAGGUGAUCCCCAUGAGCCAGAGUUGUGGAGCCAGACUUGGGCUCAGCGGCAGGCGUCCAUGGGCCAGCCAUGGAGUGGAAGGACGAGCGUCCUGAAACACGAGGUCCUCCGCCUCUCGCCGCUUGGGGGUCACAUGGGCGGCGAGGACGAAGUGCGACGAGUGCUGCCCACGGAAGCCAACUGGAAGCUGUGGCAAACAAGCUUGAAAUCCAUCCAGGACAGGAGACGUACGAGGUGGGCUGCUGAACAGCUCUACGAAGGUGCCGAGAUCCCUUCAGCAGAUGCAGCGACGUACCGGCACUUUGGCCGAAUCCCUGACGCAGAUGACCCAAGACGGGUUGAUGUUCGUGGCAAGCUUCCCAUCGAACAGAUUCGGGAGAGCUUGGGAGAGGUGCUGAAUUCGUCUCAAGUGUUGGUUGUGUCUGGUGGUACCGGAAGCGGCAAGACGACCCAGCUCCCGCAGUUUCUCCUGGACGACUGGAACGCGGAGCAUGCGCCAAGGAUUGUAGUCACCCAGCCGCGCCGCAUUGCCGCCAUUUCUGUGGCAGAGCGUGUGGCCUGGGAGCGUGGGCAGCCGGUCGGACAGUCCAUUGGCUAUGCCGUGCAUGGGAAUGCUGUACGGCCUUCUGCCAGGGGGUCCAUCGAAUUCUUGACUGUAGGAACCUUGCUCCGGCGAGCAGUUGACGACUCCUGCUUGCGAAAUUGCGAUGUGGUCAUCGUGGACGAAGUUCACGAGCGCGACAUGCUGACGGACUUCCUUCUGGUUUUGCUGCGUGAGGUACUGCCAAGCAGGCCAGAUUUGAAGCUCGUCCUGAUGAGCGCCACGCUGGAUGUGCAGUCAUUUACGAGCUACUUCGACUCUUGUCCUGUUCUUGAGGUCCAGUCCGAAACGCUGUUCCCAGUCGAAGAGGUGCAUCUGGAAGAAGAUUUCUUCUCGGAGUUCACCUAUACGAAUGCACUACUGACCGCGGAGGAUCGGGCUCGUGAGGCGGCGGAGCAGACUGAAACCCAGGACGGCGAUGAUGCAGACCGGGAAAGCCCAGCACAGAGGUUGUGGGGCGGAUACGAUGGUGGGGAGAUCGACAAGCUUCUCCAUGUGAUGGAAUCAUCCAUUUGCGCGGUUGUGCGGGAGAUGUCCAGCAGGAGCAGUCAAGAAGUGAAGGGCUCUGUGCUCUGCUUCCUUCCUGGCUGGUCUGAAAUCAGGCAGCUGCAAGAACGGCUGAGCGAAGGAGAGGAGGCCAAGCAGAUCUGGGCUGUGCCUUUGCACUCGACCUUACCCAAGGAGAGGCAGCAGCAAGUUUUCCAAAGACCGCCGAAGAGCAAAGUGAAAGUCAUCCUGGCCACGAACAUCGCAGAGAGCUCCGUGACAAUCAAUGAUGUGGAAGUCGUAAUUGACUCGGGGCUCCAGCGCGAGUUGGCCUACGAUGCCAAGCGGCGCAUGUCAGCACUGGACACUGUAUGGGUCUCGCAGAGUGGUGCCGUCCAAAGACGAGGUCGUGCAGGGCGUGUGCGAUCCGGGAGGGUUCUGCGAUUGUACAGCCGCCAGCAGUUUUCGGCGCUCCCCCCGCAGCCUUCGCCGGAAAUGCAGCGCUGUGACCUCGCCCAAAGCUGCCUUCAGGCUAUCGCGCUGGGGCGGGACCCACGUAAGUUCCUUGCAAGUGCGCUGGAUCAGCCAAACGUUGCGGCAGUGGAUUCGGCGAUGGAGCAGCUCGUCGCCAUCCGCGCCAUUAGCAACUCCGAUCCUGAAGAUUGCCCUACAAUGCUGGCAAUCGGAGAGGUGCUGGCCAGGCUGCCACUGGAGCCAUUGCUGGGAAGAGCUGCGAUGCUUGGUUGUGUGCUGGGCAUUCCGCAGCCAGCUGCUGCGCUCUUGGUCGCAGCUGGCGGCCGGGCGCCUUUCGUUGGGAGCAGACAAGAGGUAUCUUGA